AUGUCCUUACCGUCGAGAGAUUCAGGCUCCGAUGCGCCAGCCCGUCCGCUCCUACAGCAUGAUCCCGACCGGGAAACCAGCGGGGUGGCCGGCCCUCAACCCGCCAUAACACGGCGCAUUUACAUCUCCCACUUUCUCUCCACAUGGAACUCCCGCGUGUUUGAGUUCGGGGCCAUCCUGUACCUGGCCUAUAUCUUCCCCGAUACCCUACUGCCCAUGUCAAUCUAUGCCCUCGCGCGUGGGGUCGCCGCUAUUCUGUUUGCGCCGGCGGUCGGUCAUUACAUUGACACCGGAAACCGUCUGGCCGUCGUGCGGUUUUCCAUCGUUGUUCAGCGUGUGGUGGUGGCCGCGUCCUGCGCAGUGUUCUGGGUCCUGGCACGGGGUGACCUGGAUCUCCGGGCAUUUACGCCAUGGCUGUUGGUCCUCCUUGCCCUGUUGGCUUGCGUCGAAAAGCUUUGCUCGGUCAUGAACAUGAUCGCGGUGGAAAAGGAUUGGGUCGUGGUCGUUGCCCAGGGCGAUGAUUUGGCGCUUCGAGCCCUCAAUGCGCAGAUGCGUCGAAUCGAUCUCACCUGCAAGUUGGUCGGGCCGUUGAUCAUCGGCCUGGUUGACGGCCUCUCCACCGAGAUCGCAAUCCUCGCCAACUUUGGCAUGAACAUGGCCUCCGUUCUAAUCGAAUAUUACGCCAUCGCCAGGGUUUACCAAGCAGUGCCUGAUCUCCAGCAGCCGAAACAGUCCUCUGGGGAAACCGACCCCAACGCCGAGCCAUCCCCACGAGCGUCGCCGCUCCGUCGCGUGGCGGGUGGCAUGCGUUCAUUUCUCCAUCAACUGCGCUUUUACUUCUGCCAUCGAGCGUUGCUUCCGUCGUUUGCCGGAGCGCUUCUGUACUUCACGGUCCUGGCGUUCGGGGGUCAGAUGGUCACGUACUUGCUGUCCGCGGGCUACAACUCCAUGUUGAUCAGCAUCGCGCGGACGGUGUCCGUGGCGUUUGAAAUCUCGGCGACGUGGAUUGCGCCGACCGUGAUGAGGCGAAUCGGCCCCAUCCGCAGUGGCAUCUGGUUUGUCAGUUGGCAGAUGUGCUGUCUGGCGGCGGCCAUGUCAGCCUUUUGGACCCUCGACUCGCGCAUCUGGGCUGCUUCCAGUCUCGUGGCGGGGACGAUGCUGAGCCGCGUGGGGCUAUGGGGGUUCGAUCUCUCGGUGCAGGUUAUUGUGCAAGAGGAAGUGGAAGCCGCUUAUCGGGGCAGCUUUUCAUCGGUGGAGGCGGCCUGGCAGAAUGUGUUCGAGCUGUGCUCGUACGCCACCACCAUCAUCUUUUCCCGACCGGAUCAGUUCCAUUGGCCUGUCAGCAUCAGUUGCAUCGCCGUGAUGGUGGCGGGCGGCAUGUACGCGGGAUUCGUCCGGAUGCGACGCGGGCAUCUGUUCCACCCGCCACAUUGCAUUGCGAUGCUGGACAAGCGGGCGCAGGAGUAUGAGCGGGUGCCGAGUUCUCGGACGGCUGCGUCUGCGUAGGGGCUGAGGAGGAGGAGAGUGCUUGGCAUGGAAGAGUGGUGGACUAGCGUUUCCCAUACUUACUCUGUAGUCUAUAGCACUCAUUAGGAUGAUAAAUAAAGCCAGCUCUAGAAGGCAGAGUGGCAGGCUUCCUUGCAC